AUGAACGUGUUCUCAAGUGCUGAGGAUAGCAGCACCAGCGCAGAAAUAGUUUUAUCUGCAAAAAAACCAGAUAUCUCGAACUGUCUUGCAGUGUGUGUUCUUUCUUUCUACAUCAAAAAGACACUUGCAGCUAUCUCACAAAGCACAUUUGCUCCUGCAUCACAUGCAUCGCCGUACAAUACGUACAUGCGCGAAAAGGGAAAGCUCUCUUCUGCCAGCAAGCUAGACCUUUUUCUGCACCUGCGAUCUAUUGGAAUCAGCUGCAGAAUAGUUUACAAAAUAUCUGCAAAAAAGAAAAUAACGGCCGAUGAGUCGCUAGAGAUAGUCUCAGGCGGCGCUGUAAUCAUUGAGAGCGAGCUAGAUGGAUCGCCAAACAGAAAACACGACAAAGAGUCCAUCCAUGUGUCCAUUGAUGUGCACGGAACUGUGAUAAAUCACACUCUGUACGCACAUAAAAAAGUAGCACAGGCCCUAGAAUGCGAAGUGUCUAGAAGUACAGAGAUAUCCAGCCCAUUCUAUGCAUACGAUAGCAAGCACAUAAACACCCUUCCAGCCACCAGAAGGGAAGGACUGCUCCAUCCGCUGUACAGAAUAGACCCUGAGCACAGAAGAUAUGUAAUAUACCCGAAAAGCAUCGGAUGGGUGGGGCACAUAAAAGAUGCAAAAACAAAAGUGCACACAAUGCGAUCAAAGACACAGAAAGAAGUAUCGAUGAGGAUAUACCCUAAGUCCCACCUGUGCAAGUUGCUGACAUACAAUGAAGUGCUGCGCCAGAACAAAAGAGUGGAAAACAUUUCACUUCCAUUCAGGGUCCUGCCAGGCAAUAAAAAAUUCCAUCCAGAAGGACUAAAAGUGUAUGCGCCCUGGCAGAUACAAGAGCAGCCAGAGAACGCACAGAUCAUAGCCACGCCAAAGCAGAUCCCAGAAGACAAAGUGUACCUUGUCGAAACAAGCAUUAUAAAGUAUAAUUUGGAAGGAGCAACCCCCGUAAUAGGAAAAAGAUACGAUCACAUUACGCAGAAAAAAGAGCCGGUGAGCAGUGGGGUCCUGCUGAGUAAAAAGUACUUCGAUGAAAAUAGAGAAAUAAUAAAGCAGGAAAUGCACAGAAGUAUAAUUGGAGCAGUCACAUCGCACAAUAAGCCGCUUGUACUGAACAUGCAAGUGCUGGCCGUCCAGGCACUUCGAUACAUUCACAUACUAGAGUCCCUGUAA